AUGAAGGAAGAAGAAGAAGAUGAUGGGAACGGUGGCGGUGAGCUAAUUGGUCCGCCAUUAAUGGCGGAGGAAGUGGUGAAGAAUACUCCCAGGCACAUGCUGAUGUCGACGGAGAGCGAGAUGGAGGCGAUGGUCUCCGCUUUGACCCACGUCGUGGCUUCCGGCGGUGGUGGAGGAAGUGGUGAUCAAUUUCGCUACGAGAAUGAUGGGUUUGGGUUAUUUGGAGCUCCUCCUUUUCUUCAACAACAUAAUCAAUAUCGUCAUGUCGAUUUUCUACUUUCUCAACAAGCUGCGGCACGACCUUCGCCAUCUCCAUUAGCUGCACAAGGUUAG